UCUACCCAACCUUCAUUUAAUGGUAAACUUCCAGCAAGCACUGAAAAUCCUAGGAAUCAAGUCAAUGCUGUUGUAACUAGAAGCGGGAAGUCUUUGACUGAUCCACCCUUUCCAGACGAUAACAUUGCUCUUGAAAAUGAAGGGAAAGAAAAAGAACUUCUACCACAAAAAGGAGAUCCUGAAGGACAAGUGCAGACAAAGGAGGAUCUUAGCCAAGGUAAAAAGAACAAGGGCAAGCAAAUUGAUGAUUCGGUGAUUCCUUGCAACUUAUUGCCAUUUCCACAAAGGUUGUGGAAGUCCAAAGAAACCGAUAGGGAUAACAAAUUCAAGAUGAUGCUUGACAAGUUGGAGAUAUCUAUGCCUUUUGUGGAUGCUGUUACUCAAAUACCAUCAUACAAGAAAUUCUUGAAGGAUAUUUUGAGUAAUAAAAAGAAGUUGGAGAAGAGUGCAGUGAUAGAUCUUAGUGAGGGAGCAUUGGCAUGCGCUGCAAUACAAAAGAAUCUACCACCGAAGUUGAAGGAUCCUGGAAGUUUUGCUAUUCCAUGUAUCGUUGGAGGAUUUGUUGUGGGUCGUGCUCUAUGUGAUCUCGGAGCUAGUGUGAGCCUCAUGCCUUACUCCCUUUGUAAGAGGCUCAACCUUGGAGAGCCGAAACCCACUACCAUGACACUUCAAAUGGCGGAUCACUCAAUAAAGCGCCCAGUGGGAGUAUUAGAAGACAUCCCAGUAAUGAUCGAUCAAUACUACAUUCCGGGAGAUUUUGUGAUUCUUGACAUUGAGGAAGAUGCCAAGGUACCCAUAAUCCUUGGUAGACCAUUUCUAGCCACAGCUGGGGCGAUCAUUGAUGUAAAAAGGGGGAAGCUUGUUAUGGAAGUGGCCGAUCACAAGAUUGAAUUUGAUAUAUUCAAAAUGGCCAAACACCAACCAACUUACAUUGAUGAAUGCAAUAUGAUGGAAAUUUGUGAGGUAAACCCUAGUGAAGUCUUGAAGAUUGACAAGGAGUAUUCGAUUGUUGAAGAACUUCUUGAGAAAUUUGGAAUCUGCACCCAAAAGGAGAUGGACACAUGCGAGCAAGGGAUUUUUGAUCAAGGUGAGGCUGGAGAAAGAAUUUUUGCUACUCUUGACCCGCUAGGAGAGGAACAUGCACCAAAGGUAGAACUAAAACCUUUACCUCCUAGUCUAAGGUAUGUUUUUCUGGGCUCUAACUCCACUUAUCCUGUAAUUGUUAAUUCUUCUUUGCAUAGUGAUGAAAUUGAUAAGCUGCUUAAUGUGCUUAGAAAACAUAGGAGGGUAAUUGGUUAUACUAUUGGUGAUUUAAUUGGCAUUGAUCCUAAGUACUGCAUGUAUAUAAUUUAUUUAGAAGAGAAUGCCAAACCUACUGUUGAACCCCUUAGGAGAUUAAAUCCCAAUUUGAAGGAUGUAGUUAAGAAGGAAAUUUUGAAAUUGCUUGAGGCCGACAUUAUAUACCCUAUUUCGGACAGCAAGUGGGUGAGUCCCAUACAUGUUGUUCCGAAAAAGGGCGGUAUAACGGUUAUUGAAAAUGACAAUAAUGAGUUGAUUCCUACUAGACUUGUUACUGGUCAUAGAAUGUGCAUUGAUUACAGAAAAUUGAAUAAGUCUACUAGGAAAGAUCAUUACCCCCUUCCAUUUAUUGAUCAAUUGCUUGAGAGAAUGUCCAAGAAUGAAUACUUCUGUUUUCUAGAUGGUUUUUCAGGAUAUUUUCAGAUUUAUAUUCACCCAGAUGAUCAAGAAAUGACAACAUUCACAUGUCAAUAUGGCACCUUUGCUUUCAAAAAGAUGUCAUUUGGUUUGUGUAAUGCACCUGCUACUUUUCAAAGGUGCAUGAUGGCAAUCUUUUCUGAAAUGGUGGAAGAAAUCAUGGAAGUAUUCAUGGACGAUUUCUCAGUUUAUGGUAAGUCGUUUGAUGAUUGUUUGAUAAAUCUUGAUAAAGUUCUGUGCAGGUGCCAAGAAGUCAAUUUAGUUCUGAAUUGGGAAAAAUGUCAUUUUAUGGCAACUGAAGGCAUAGUUCUUGGCCACAAAAUUUCAGCAAGGGGAAUUGAAGUAGACCCGGCAAAGAUUGAAGUCAUUUCAAAAUUGCCACCCCCAAGCUCGGUAAAAGGAGUAAGGAGUUUUCAUGGUCACGCUGGGUUUUACAGAAGAUUCAUCAAAGAUUUCUAUAAAAUUGCAAAACCCCUCACGCACUUGCUUGCGAAAGAGGUGGCGUUUAAUUUUGAUGAAUCUUGUCUUAUUGCUUUUAACAGAUUGAAGGAAGCUCUAUGUCAUGCUCCAAUCAUUCAACCUCCUGUUUGGAAUCUACCGUUCGAAUUGAUGUGUGAUGCGAGUGACUAUGCAGUUGGGGCGGUGCUAUGCCAAAAGAAGGACAGGUGCUACUAUGUGAUCCAUUACGCAAGCCACACACUUGAUGAUGCUCAAGUCAACUAUGCAACAACUGAGAAGGAGCUUCUUGCGGUGGUGUUUGCUAUGGAGAAAUUUCGGUCCUAUUUGCUUGGGAGCAAGGUGAUAGUUCACACCGACCAUGCUGCUUUGAAGUAUUUAUUCCAAAAGAAAUAUGCAAAGCCGAGGCUGAUCCGAUGGGUGCUCCUACUUCAAGAAUUUGAUCUGGAGAUUAGAGACAAGAAAGGAUCCGAGAAUGUUGUGGCCGAUCACCUGUCCAGACUUGAAGGCCAAAAGGAUGAUGAAUUGCCCAUAGAUGAUUCCUUCAAGGGAGAAACAUUGUAUAUCUUGACUGGAUUAGGAAAACGGUAUGUGCCAUGNGGCCAAGAAUUUGAUUCUAUCUGGAAUUUCAAGGAUGAAGUACCAGAAGUAAAAGAAAUCAAUGAGGUUGCAACUGAGGAAAUUAUAGAAGAAGCAUCCAACCCAGUCAUAACCAUUGUGGGUAAGAAGAGCACCUCUGAAAAAUCUUGGAGCAUUGAAAUGAUUUCAAAAUUCUUCCACUUACCAGUUGUCCAGGCGGCAAGGGAAUUACACAUAGGAAAAGCCAAGCUGAAGAAAAUAUGCACCGAGUUGGGAAUCAAUCAAUGGCCACAUAGGAAAUUACAGUACAUGGAUCGACUGUUGAGCAUGUUUAAGAAAGAUUCUGACCAAGGGGAGAAGGUGAUUGAGCUAGAACACGAAAGUGAGCAGAUGUUGACAAACCCCAACAAUGAGUUAGGCUUAGAAACUCAAACACUGGGGGAAUCUUCUUCUAAAAAGAAAAGAUAUCAACAAUUGAUAAAUCUUGCUCACUCUACUUCCUUUGCCAAUUCAUCUCGUGUUCCGUGGGAAGAUGAAAUGAAGGCUAGAAGAUGUGUAGAACUAGUGGACUUCUCUACUCUUGUUGCUGCACGAGAAUCAUAG